AUGCGCGAAUUAACUAUUCAGAUAUAUGUGCAUGCAGUUUUUGGCUAUGAACCACAUUCACCAUUGCACUCCUUAUGCAUUUUAUGGAGCCUUUGUUUUCUGUCUAAUAACGUAGUGGGGAAAACUCCGUACGUGUUUUACACUCCAUUUCUGAGACAUAUAUGGACGUGGUUGGGUCUCACGCCGGCAACUAAGACAAACUUCAUUUCCCUCUUGGGUGCUGACUACAGCUGUAUCAUUGUGCCCGGCGUUGUACAAGAGACCUUCCUCGUGGAGCGUCAUUCCGAGGUUGCAUUUAUUAAAUCGAGGAAAGGAUUUGUGCGGAUAGCCAUGGAGAUGGGCUUCCCCCUGGUUCCAGUUUUCUGCUUCGGUCAAACAAAUGUUUACAAGUGGUGCAAGUCUGGUGGAAAGUUGUACCUGCAAUUUUCUAGCGCAAUUAAGUUUACCCCGGUUUUCUUCUGGGGAAUCUUUGGAUCUCCUUUACCCUUCCAACAUCCGAUGCAUGUGGCGGUCGGUAGACCCAGUGAGUUUAAGAAAACCUCCAAACCCACCAUGGAAGAGGUCAACAAGGUGCACGGCAAGUUUGUCGAAGUAUUCAGAGAUCUCUUCAAAAGGCGUAAGGCACAGGUCGGCCAUGCCGAUCUCGAGCUGAAAAUUCUUUGAACAUAGCUUCGAUUCGUUUUCAUUUACUGGAGACCUUGUUUGUAUGUUUCAGUCAAUUAGGACUAAUGAAACUCUUAAGAUAGGGCAGUUGGGUUCACUGUACAUUCCAGCAUCCCAUGUCCCAUUGAGGGUGGCUAGUAAGGUCGGCAUACAAUGAUGUUAGUCUUGUUCCUUUCUCUAUUUUGCGGCUUCCAUUAUGUAUGCAACCUUCACAAUCGAUUACAGUUCUACUUCAACACAGCUGUGGAUUUUGCUUC